AUGCCAAACAAGUUUAUUGUUCACUCCAUUGGUACAGCCGGAGGUCUUAUUCUUCUUUGGAAGGAUGGAUUCCAACUUGAUAUUGUCUCCCAAACUGAUAAAAUAAUACGUGCUAAAGUUCUUAAUGAUCCUAGUAAAGGAGUCUGGUAUUUGUCAUGCGUUUAUGGUACUCCUUAUAUUCAUGAGAAGUUUGAUCAAUGGUCAUACAUUAACCAACUUAGUAACUUUAUAGAUACUUCUUGGGUUAUUAUAGGGGAUUUAAACAUCACUCUUUCCCCAAAUGAUAGAAAUACUCAAUCUUCUCAAGCUACUUCUAGUGAUAUCCUAAACCUAAUCAAUGAGGCAGAUCUUUCUGACAUGGGUUUUAGUGGUAACCUAUUUACUUGGUCUAGUAAUAAGCAUGGCACCAGCCAGUUUAAGUCUAGUUGUGCUGAUAAAAUUAAAUCUGCAUGGUCUAAUAGUUUCACAGGUUCUAAUGCUUUUUUGCAGCAACUUAUUUCUAAUCUUCAAGCUUCAGAUAUCAAUGGUUCAAAUACUGAUGAAGUUGUCAAGCUAGAGCAAGAAAUCAAGAAACUAAAUGAAAUCCAAGAGAAUUCCAAUAGACAGAAGGCAAGGGAUCAUUUUUACAAUGAUAUGGAUUUAAAUUCAAAAUACUUCCACAUCAGAAUGAAUAGAAGGAAAUCGCGUAACAAAAUAGAUGCCUUGUUAGUUCCAAACGGUACAUGGUGUAAUGAUAGAGACUCCUUAUCAUCUCUUCUCAAGAAUCACUUCCAAACUAUCAUGACAUCUUCUUCUCCAGUUGACAGCAGCAGUUUCCUUCAAUACAUACUGCAUUGUAUUACAGAAGAGGAUAACCACCAGCUUGAAGCUAUUCCUUCAGAAGAAGAAAUUCACUCAACCCUGAUGACCAUGGAACCAUGGACUUCUCCAGGUCCAGACGGAUUCCCCCUGGCUUCUAUCAAACACAAUGGACAAUGGUGA